AUGAGAGAUCACUCCCCGAUGGUUUCUACGUUUUCUGCAUUUUUGCUUGCGGUGAUUCGGCUUCAAACACGAGUAGCGUGCUCGUCAUCUCCAGGCCCGCUCGCCCCGGCAUUGUUCGUUUUCGGCGAUUCAACAUUCGACAGCGGCAACAACAACCUGUUGCCCACCCUUGCCAAGGCCAAUUCUUCCUACGGUGACAAUUUCUCCGGGGGUGUCACCGGACGAUUCACCAAUGGAAGGAAUAUCCCUGACUUUCUCGCUGAAUUUCUGGGGCUGCCUUGUGCUCCACCGUACCUGAGUUUUAGGACAUCAGUAGUGAUCACCGGACUGAAUUUCGCGUCCGGAGCAUGUGGCAUUCUCCCCGAGACAGGAGACUACUUGGGCAAAUGUCUCAACUUGGAUGAUCAAGUGAGGCUAUUUGAGAGUGCCGCCCGCAAUGAUUUACCAAGACUCUUCAAGAGUUCUGAUGAGUUUUCCAGUUAUUUGGCCAAGUCGAUCUUCACAUUCUCGAUCGGCAACAACGACUACAUCAACAACUACCUCAUUCCAACACUCUACAACACGAGCGAAACCUACGAGCCCUGGCCAUUCGCGAAGCUCCUCGGUGCAGCGCUUUCCCGGCACCUAGAGAGGUUAUAUAAUAUGGGAGCAAGAAAGUUUGUUGUCUUCCAGAUUGGCCCGAUUGGGUGCAUCCCAACGAUCGCGAAGAAAUCAAAACACGAUGGAGUAUGUGAUGAAGGACCGAACUUGCUAGUUUCCUACUUCAAUCAGAUGCUUCAGCUGAUGCUACAGAACAUGACAUCCAGUCUCACGCGAUCAAUGUUCGUUCUCGGUCGAGCAAAUCCGCUUGGCUACGAUGCAAUAAUCAAUCCCUCCAUAUAUGGAUUGACGGACUCAAGAAACCCUUGCUGCACGACGUGGGGAAACGGAUCUUUCUCAUGUGUUCCAUUUCUAACUCCAUGCCGUGAUGCUGAUAAACACUUCUUUUGGGACGGAUAUCAUCUAACCGACACGGUUUCUUCGAUCAUAGCUUCUCGAUGUUUCAACGACACAAUAGUCUGUGCUCCGGUCAGCAUACAGGAUCUUGUGCAGAUAUGA